ACAAAGUACGCAAACAUUCCUAACAGCGCAUCACUCAGCAGCUGUAGGAUCACUUUUCUACAGAGGCUCAGUCAGCACACUGUCAUCCUCGGAGCUGUCAAUAAAGUUGUUUGCAGAAUUACACCGUCACUGUCAUGGCGGCGCCCGUGGUGGACAGUUGGAGCUGGUUUCCAGCGUUAGCACUGGGAGUUUCUUUACUCAAAUGUCUCUUUAUCAACGCCUACCAUUCCACAGACUUCGAGGUGCACAGGAACUGGUUGGCCAUCACUCACAGUCUGCCUGUGUCCAGGUGGUAUCAUGAGAACACGUCCGAGUGGACUCUGGACUACCCUCCGCUGUUUGCCUGGUUCGAGUUUGGUCUGUCUCAUGUGGCGCAGCACUUUGACAGAAACAUGCUGCUGGUGGAGAAUCUGAACUACGACAGCCCGGCGACUGUUCUGUUCCAGAGGCUGUCGGUCAUCUUCACCGACCUGGUUUAUAUCUUUGCUGUCAGAGAGUGCUGCAGGUGCGUUCAGGAGCAGAAAGGCUCUCGGGACAUUUUGAACCGCCCGUCCUUCGUUCUGGCUGUUCUGCUGCUCUGGAACUUCGGCCUCCUCAUCGUCGAUCAUAUUCAUUUCCAGUAUAACGGCUUCUUGUUUGGUUUCCUGCUGCUGUCGGUGGCAAAACACCUGCAGUCUCGACACCUGCAGGGGGCGCUGCUGUUCGCCCUCCUGCUCAACCUGAAGCACAUCUACCUGUACGUGGCUCCGGCCUACGGCAUCUACCUGCUGAGGAGUUACUGCUUCACUCAGGACAACAGAGACGGUUCCAUCGGUUGGAGGAGCUUCAGUCCGCUCCGUCUGAUCGCCCUCGGCAGCAUCGUGGGCUCCGUCUGCGCUCUUUCCUUCGGCCCCUUCAUCGCCAUGGGUCAGCUGCCUCAGGUCCUGUCCCGUCUCUUCCCCUUCAAACGGGGCCUCUGUCACGCCUACUGGGCCCCCAAUAUCUGGGCCCUCUACAACAUCCUGGAUAAAGUCCUGGUGACGCUCGGUGUUCGUCUGAAGCUGCUGCAGGAGGCGGAGCUUCCUCGAGCCUCCAUGACGGGCGGGUUGGUUCAGGAGUUUCAGCACUCGGUCCUCCCCUCCGUCACUCCCUCCAUCACACUCGUCUGCACUCUGCUCUCCAUCCUGCCGGCGGUGGCGUCCAUCUGGUGGCGUCCUCGCGGUGCUCGUGGUUUCCUGCGCUGCCUGCUGCUCUGCGCUCUGGGCUCCUUCAUGUUCGGCUGGCACGUCCACGAGAAGGCCAUCCUCAUCGCCAUCCUGCCCCUCAGCAUCCUGGCGGUUGAGAGCAGAGAGGAUGCUGGGAUCUUCCUGGUUCUGACCACCACGGGUCAUUACUCGCUGUUCCCGCUGAUUUUCACUCCUGCAGAGCUGCCCAUCAAAGCGGUUCUCAUGCUGAUGUUUGUGAUCUACUCGUUCGCGGCUCUGAGGAAACUUCACAGCGGUCCUCUGCUCCAUCCUCUGGAGUCUGUCUACCUGCUGGGACUGGUUGUCGUGGCGACCGCCUGUGAGAUCGUCUUCCCUCUGUCUCCGUGGCAACAGAAGCUGCCCUUCCUCCCCCUGCUGGUGACGUCGGUGUACUGCUCGCUGGGCGUGACUUACUCGUUCCUGCGUCUGUACGUCAGCCUGCUGCGGCGGGAGGAGAAGCCCAAACAGCUGUGAGGCGGCGUCCCGUACCUGAGAGGUCGCAGGUUCGAUCCCCGACACACCUACACCGACUCUGACUGCUCACCACGCAGACUGACAGACUGAAGAGUCGGUGGCUCUCUCCGGCUCAACUUUACUUUUCGGUUUAUUUUUCUUCUUCUUCUUCUUCUGAACACAGAGGACACACAUGACAUCACUUCCUGAUAUUUCCAGCAGCUUCAGUGUCGAAUGUUUGAGCAUCGACACUGAACAUGAACCUGCGGACCUGCAGUAUGUUGAACUGCAUUAUGGUGUAAGAAAACGCUUUUUUAAGACAUUUUAAAGUCGACAACACUUUCUUUACACAUCAAGUCACGACAUCAAGUCGUUGUUAGCCCAGGAGGCUUAGGUGAUGUCCAGGAUGUUAUAACGUCCCGCCAGAAUAUCACGAUAGACAUAAUCGCUUUACAGCAAAGACGACUUCUUUCAAAUCCAUUUUCUCCUGCUCUAAACCUGAAAUACUGCCGAGCUGCCGAGCUGGUGUCCGUCACCUCUGUGUGUUAAACAUAUACCUGUAGGCCAGUUGACCUGUAGUAACCUCUGCCAGCCCGUCUCGUUCCCACUUAGUCAAAAAUCACAAUAUGUGCAUUUUCUUUUCAAAAUAAAAGCCUGAAGAUGUCGUGUUAGCUGUCGACAAUAAGAGAAAGUCUGAGAUGAAAACUGAAGAGACUGAAUCACCAAACAGCCACAAUACUGAACACUGAGUUAAUGUUGAAUUCACCAGUCGACAUGUUCAGUUUAAUUCCAGUGCAGAUUAUAGCAACACAUGACACGUUUCAUGAGAAGUUUGACUCAUCUGUGUUCUCAUGUUGUGUGAACUUGACUUUUCAAACAGGAAACACGAGCAAAGUUACGUCCAUCUUUACAUAUUUGAGGCCUGUCUGGUGUUGACACCAGUAACUCCUCACCACUCGGCUCCAGUCUGUGAUUACAAGUGCAAAUACUUUAAAUUAAGGAAGCCACGUUAAUUAAACUCGUUACAACACCAAUGUUACCUAAAAAUAUUUUACAAGAAAAGAAUUUCUUCUGCGUCACCGGAUCAGAACAUAAACAUUUAGUUUGAACUGUCUGUAGGUGUGAAAUGUUUUCCGUCCACGUCACUCUGAGCCUCCGAUCAGCUGCAAUAUUUUUAUUUAUCUGAAAACAUUUAAACUUUUGAGGCGAAGCAGAACAGAACCCGACCCGUGUUCCCUCUUUGAUACUGUCGGCCAUCAGAGACUUGUAGUGCAGAACUGUAGUUUCAGGGUGAAACUGAAAGCAGCAGGUGGAUGAAACAAACUGAGCAGUCGUGAAGAAUUACUUCCUGUUUUUUUACUAAAACACCACGUGGACCAAAACAGAAGUGAAAGACAUUUAUGAUGCUUGUUUUUGUAUAUUUUCAAAUAAAAAGAGAUUGAUUUAC